GCGUUAGAUUGGGAAGCCAGAGAAAAGCAGAAGACGAAAUUCAGAAGAGGUGGCGUUUCGUUUCGCUUGGCUCUUUAUUUCGGUUUAUAUAGUUUACGUCGUUCUAUAGUUGCCAUUUUGUUGAGAUUUAUAUGGUUUCCCUCAAUUGUACAUUUCUUGAGAUAACUACGAUCAGCAAGUGUUUACAUUUCAUUCCGUCAGUUAGUGCGAGCGUUAUUUAAGGGAUACAAAUUAUGCCAAAUCUGGAAUGAUUAGCAGAUGUCAUGCUCCGUAAUCCGGAUGCUUUUGACCUCUACUGUAUGACGCCAGAAAAGGUUUUCUAGCUUCUUUUGUUUCAAUAUUGUAUUGCUCAGCUAUAUAUUCUGUUGGCUAUUCAAUGGAUGUGGACCCACCUUCUCUUCCACAUCCUGUUUUAAAAAGAUGCUCUAGUGCCCCAAUGAUUAAUGACUGUGAGACAGAAGCUGGUGCCGUAGCAACAUCCCCUGCUACGGCCUCAUCAGCCAGCACAGCCCCUUCACUUUCCAGUAGAACAUCACCCACAUUUAUUUUGUGUUCCACAUUUGAACCAAGGACCAGAAGAUUUAGUGCAAGUUUUAGCCCAUUGCAUUCCCCUGGGACACCCGCAAGCCCAAGAGUCCCUCCCUCCAGAGUUAGCCAACUAAAGAAAGAAGAAGCUUGUGAUGCUGUUGGCAGAGAAGUUGCCAGUGAAAAAGAGUUUCAGUCCACUUUACAAAUCUCAGCCUCCUGGGAGGAUCUGUCUCUGAGUGAUACUGAUUCAAAAGAGACUAAAACUGAGCCUCAAAAAAGGCCUUCCUCCGCUUGCACGGAGCCCAUUCAUGUAACUUUACCUAACGGACUGUCACCCUUUGUUUCGUCUCCUUAUCCCUCACCAACAAGGGUCAGUGGUCGUCAAUGUUUUUCGCCAUCCAUGCAAAUUCCUGUUAGGAACUCGUCAUUCUCGCCAACUCCCAGCCCCAGUCCUACAAGAAAAACGUUUUAUACAAGUCGAAGAAGUCUCUCUCCGAUAGCCAUUCGCGCCAGUUCUCUUGGACCGGUUAAGAGAAAAUGUGAUUUAGAAGAGCGAGGCGAUUCUCCUUGGGGUCCUCAUAAAAAGUACCAACAUUUUUCACCGGCCAGCAGUAUUUCUGGUGUGAGUGGUCCACUUUUGGUCACCCAAAUUUCAUCUAGUGGAGAAAGCGGUGAAAGCUCUGGCGGAGUUUCCAUCGUUAGCCGUAAUAAUGUGAUCCCUACACCCGAUUCUCAUUCGGCAUCGGCCAGCCCGUCGGAUUCUGGUUCUAAUAAUCCUUCACCACUUCAGGUAUGCAAACUGGUCGAUAGUCCAUCUAACAGCCCUAGUGGGCGCCGUAGUAGCAUUGGAGUUGGAGGUGAAAGCAGUGGUAGUCGUUCUCGUGAUCGCACUUCAUGCGUCGUCCCAUCUCCAUUAGCCGCUACCAACACGAUUGAAGAUAUAGAAGGAGAAUACAAAAACAAUUCAAGCAGUAAAGAGCGAAAAGAUUUCUCUAGGCUCUUUGUUCCAAUUCAAUCGCCUUCACCUGGAGCCAUGGACUGCUGUACGGGGGAUAGCGAAGAGUCUCUAGCCAAUAAUCAUCUCGAUUUCUCAACCAACAAAAUUCGUGAACCAGUUUCUAAAGAUUAUUCCGUUGCUAUGGGCGCGGAUUAUGGCACCAUGGAUGAAAACAUGGAUGAACCGCUCAUGGUUUCAUCACAGGAACAUACGAUGAGCGUCGACUCUAGUCUCUCUCCUAUGGAUCCUUCCGUUUAAUCCGUAUUUUUGACAGAAAAAUCCAUUGUCUUGUCUUUUUUCUCUUUCAAGACAAAUGCCCCCUUGCCCUGAUUCGCCUUUUCCUUACGCUUUUUUUAGUCAACAAACACGGGAUAUUUUGUAGGAGCAGAAACCCGACGCAGUUUAGACGUCCGUUGAUAAAAACCUGUCGAAGUGAGAAACAAUUUGCGCCCACGUUGUCGCACAGCCUUGUUUCUUUACACGAGUUCCAAGUUACUUGUUGCCAACCCCUGCCUAUUAUUAUACAUUUUUGUCACUUUGCUUACAUAUGCGGUCAAACAUAUGCAGUGAUUGGAUGUCCCAUUUUUAUUUUGCCCUCAAUUAGUAGUCUGUUCGUUCAAAAAUUAUUUACCCUUCGAGUGGUUUUCCGCUCGUUGCCAUGACACAUUAGAAAACUGCGGGGAUUCGAAAUUGAAAACAUUAUACUAAUGGAAUUUGAAGAGUUUCAUCUUUAGAAUUGGCAUGUUGUUACACCAACACUGUCCACCCCCGACCGAAAAUAUAAAUCUCAAUGUUAA